CCUCUCACUCGCUCUGCUCCUCUCCUGCCAAGGAGCAGGAUAAGAAAUGCCCAACUUUGACCCUUCUUUCCAAAAGGAUCGGAAAGGAAGGAUUAAAAGCCGGAGGGAGGGUGGGCGAGUUUGGGAGGGCUGGGGAGAGAAGCACAGAAGGAAGAAAUAGAGAGAGAAGGGCAGAGAAAAGGAGGGGGACAGAGAGAAGAGGAUUUCAGUAUUCUAGGCUGCAAUAGCAACCGGUGGGGCUUGUGCUGUGCGCACACACACAGCUCUCACUGCACCUGUCUGCUGGGCACAGGCACAGCUGGUGAGCUGGGAGAAGAGGGGAAACCCUUCUAUAAAGAGAUUGGGCAUUGGGAAUUCAACAAUAAAGCCACAGAGACAGUGCCCACACAGGCAGGAAUGGAAGAAAAGCCCCUAAACUUGCUGGAGGGCAAGGAGACACAAAGGCACCAGGCUUGGUUUUCCUCCUCUUUCUGAACUUGGAUUUUCCUGGGUGGGUUUCCCCUGCCACCGCCACCUUUAGUUUUUUGUUUGGUUGCUACAAGUGUUUUCUUUCCUGGUCCCCAGAGACUCCAGCUGCAGCACACCUGGACUGAGCUGGCCAUCCCUUGGGGCAGACUGGCGAAGGAGAGAGGGGAGCCCCUGGGCCCCCCUGUAAACUGGAUAGGAAGGAAUCUGUCAAACUGUAGCCACGCCAGCCCGAGCUGCCUCUCUUUAUGUGGACACUGCGCUUCCCUGGGAUCGCCUGGCUCGUGCGUUUAAGAUGUCUGGGAAAGUUUUCCUGAUGUACCUGACAAUCUAUCCCGCCCUACAGAUAAGGACAGAAAGCAUGGAGGAGUAUGACUACGAUUACCUCAGCAUCAAUAAAACCUGGGUCCUGACCCCCAAGGCGCAGGAGACGGAUGCCACACAAAUCCUCAACUCACUGCUGAAGAACUACGACAACAAACUGAGGCCCGACAUCGGCAUCAAGCCCACAUUCAUCGAUGUGGAUAUCUAUGUGAACAGCAUCGGGCCGGUCUCUGUCAUCCAGAUGGAAUAUACCAUUGAUAUCUUCUUUGCUCAGACCUGGUAUGACCGGCGCCUUCGCUUUAACAGUACCCUCAAAGCCCUCACUCUGAACACUAACAUGGUGAGCCGCAUCUGGAUCCCAGAUACCUUUUUCAGGAACUCCAAGCGGGCCGACUCGCACUGGAUAACCACGCCCAACCAGCUGCUCAGGAUCUGGAAUGAUGGCAAGGUGCUCUACACGCUCCGGCUGACCAUAGAGGCGGAAUGUCUACUCCAGCUGCAGAAUUUCCCAAUGGACACGCACUCCUGCCCACUGGUUUUCUCCAGUUAUGGCUACCCGCGAGAGGAGAUUAUCUACCGCUGGAGGCGUUACUCCAUUGAAGUCUCAGACCAGCGCACCUGGAGACUUUAUCAGUUUGACUUCACAGGCCUGAGGAACACAUCAGAAGUUCUCAGGACAGGGGCUGGGGACUAUAUGGUCAUGACGGUUUCCUUUGAUCUGAGCAGGCGGAUGGGCUAUUUUGCCAUUCAGACCUAUAUCCCCUGUAUCCUGACUGUAGUUUUGUCCUGGGUUUCCUUCUGGAUCAAGAGAGACUCCACACCGGCCAGGACUUCUCUGGGCAUCACCACAGUGCUCACCAUGACCACCUUGAGUACCAUCUCCCGCAAGCACCUCCCGAGGGUCUCCUACAUCACUGCCAUGGAUCUCUUUGUCUCGGUGUGCUUCAUCUUCGUCUUUGCCGCUCUCAUGGAAUACGCCACACUCAACUAUCUGGUGGGAAACAAGAAACCACCGGAGAACAACAGCAAGAAACCCAGACUGCCACCUGCCAAUGCCCACAUGAUGCCCUCCUUCACCACCAUCAACAUCAACAACCUCAUGCACUGGCCUCCUGAGGUCGAGGAGGAGGAGGAGGAGUCAGGCGCCCCUUGCCUAGAAGGGAAGGAAUGUGAGAGGUUUUUUUGCUGCAUCGAGGACUGUCAGACAGGGAUGUGGCGGGAGGGCCGCAUCCGCAUUCACAUCUCCCGCCUGGACUCCUACUCCCGGGUUUUCUUCCCCACAGCCUUCCUGCUCUUCAACAUCGUGUACUGGAUUGCCUAUCUCUAUCUCUAGCUGUUCCCCAACCUGUGCUGAAAUAAACCAGAGGCCAACAAGAUUUGCAAAAAAGGAAAAAGGGAAACAGUGUGGCUUCUCAUUUUAGUCAGUCAUUGUUUUGACAUUUGCCCAACCUUAACCCCUUCCUGCCCUUCUGAGUAGAACCAGUUGGGGAAAAAAUUCAUGGCCAAACUCUUUGAUAAAAAACAGGUUGCCAACACAUGGGAAAUUUUCUUGUGAAAAUUUCUGGUUUUCUGCAAAAAUACAAAUCUGAAUGCUUUCUCCAUUUCCAAUGAAACCCCCAUAAUUCCACAGAAAGUGCUUACAAAGGUGAUUUUUUUUUUCAUUUUGGCAGGAAAUCAAAUAAAUUUCUCGACCAACUCUUAA